AUCUAGACACAAUUGACGAAGUGUUCCAUGCGGCAAGUGGGCGUUUCGCCAACUCCUUGGCUUGCCAUGUCAAUCCGGAGGCUCGGAAACUAUUGCUGCAGCCGUAUGAGCCACAGCGAUUGCAGAGGCCACGAUAUCUGCAACAGCUGCUCCAACACUUCCGCCCGCUGCAGCCUCAAAAUCAGGAUCGGAGCAGCCAUCAACAACAACAUCCAGAUCCGGCCAUCUCCGAGGAAUCGCUUCCAGCGCUGGUCCGUCUCGAAGAGGAGGAGCUGAAAAGAAAGAGACAGGAGGAAUCAGACGCCAGGCAAUUAAGAAGAAUCCAACAACAAAAUAUCAUCAAUCCGAACCCCGAAAGGUUCAACGGUUCGAUGAUAAAUUGCUUCAGGAAACGAUACCUCAGCGGCCAAACUCCCCGAGAAAGAAUAGGGGCUCUUAUCUUUGGCCAGCCACUAUCUGUCCAAAGGAUAAUCCUGCCAGAUUACGAGGGGGAUCCCGAUCCAGUGACGCAGCAGCGGACCCAGCAGCAGACACAGCAGCGGACCCAGCAGCAGACACAGCAAAUUCUGGCGAGCAGCAACCUGCAGACGUCACAUUAUCGUUGCCAGACACGGGCUGCAAGCAGCAGCUCACGCACCCUGGACGACAGCCAUCGACGCAAUCCGCAAGAGGCACUUCUGGACCACGGACUGGAGCAAGUCCGACGGCGCCUUGAACGGGUGGUCGACGACGACGACGACGACGACGAGGACCACACGGCGUCACAGCCAGGGAUCGCCCCAAAUCAGCCAUUUCCACUGCCAGCUCCGACAGCGCCGCCGACGGCUAAGCCAGCGACGACAGCGCAGCGACCGGCACCGUGGCAAACGCAGCGAUACUGAGACGCCAAUCCACCGACUCCGCCACCUGGUUGGAGGCACUUCCUCCAAUUCCUGGACCGGCUCCAGCCACCAUUACCGGGUAUGUGAGGACCACACACCAUGCCGACACCACCAUCACGGCCACUCCGGCCACAAGCCCCAUCCCCGACCCCGACCUGCCCUGCCCCAACAGCUGGGCGGCCAUUCCCAAUCUCACCAGCCAGGAGCAGUUCCAGAUCGGCGACUGGGUGGAGGCGGUCCAUACCCAGGAACGCCAGCAGCAGCAGCAGACCAUCAGCAGCAGCAGCGGUAGUCGCCGGCUUGAGGCAUUGGCGGCGUCGGCAGCGGCAGCGGCGUCAGCCAAAGCACCGCAAUGUCAAGCCAAGCCAAGCCAAGCGGUACCAAGCGCGCCAAUAAUUCCGCUUCCCACACUCCAACAAACACAGACAAGUAUCGAUGCACCGUAUGCCGAUGCAUCGUGUGGAGAGAGCCGGAAACAGCAAGGAGCGAGAGAAGGCGCAAAGAGAGAGUGGGUAACGACCUCGUACCAGCGACAGUACGAGAGGGCACUCGAGCAGCCUCUGCACGAACAGCAGCCAACAAAAGAUUCGUGUUCGAGUGCCCGUUCGGGAGCGAGUUCGAACUCGGUUCCAAAUGCAAUGCACACAGCCAAUACCACAACCACAACCACAAAUACAAUGAUGACAUACAUCAGCACACAAACAGCGACAUCAAACA